CUCCUCUGCCAAUGCACCGUGCAGCUCCUGAGGCAGCUGAGGAUUAUCCGGCUCUCCCCAUCAGCAUCGCACUGCCUGGAUGAGAGACUCUCCUGCUCAUCGCUAUGGCUCUGAUAGUUCACCUGAAGACCGUGACCGACCUGCGGGGAAAGGGCGACCGGAUCGCCAAAGUGGCUUUCAGAGGGCUGUCAUUUUAUACCCGAGUGCUGGAGAACUGUGAGGAUGAGGCCAGGUUCGAUGAGACUUUCCGAUGGCCGAUCGCCAGUAACAUAGAUGGGAACGAGAUGCUGGAAAUACAGGUGUUUAACUACAGCAAAGUCUUCACUAACAGACUUAUUGGGACAUUUCGAAUGGUUCUACAGAAAGUGGUGGAGGAGGCUCAGCUGGAAGUUACGGACACGCUCAUCGAUGACAAUAAUUCUGCAAUACGAACCAGCGUCAGCAUUGAGCUCCGGUAUCAGACGAUGGACGGUUCAGUGGGUGCGUGGAACGAUGGCGAAUUUUUGGACAAUUCAAAUAUGAGGUCGGAAGUGGACAACAAUUACCACUUGGAGACGGACAGCUUGCUUUCCGGUCACAGCCAAAACUCCGCCGUGUCUCCUGGCAGAUCCCACCAAAGUCUGCACUCCGGGGAGAGGACCUUCAGGAGGAAUGAAGAUGAUGUGGACGAUUAUAACAGUGAAGACGAAAUGGGAGAGGGUGAUAAUAACAGCCAGUGCUCCCUACUGUCCAGCCGGGUGUCCGAGACGCGGAACAAGAUGAACGACGGUUACAAGGCAGUGACCAGGGAGGAGCUGGAUGAACUGAGGGCUAAAGGGAAGGAGAAAAAAACUGGCAUCUUCAGUAAGAAUAAGGAGAAGAAUAAAUCCAAGGAUGGGAAGGAGAAAGUCGGUAAAGGUGUCUUUUCUGCCAUGAAGCUGGGGAAGACUCGCCCGCCGAAGGAUGAUGGAAGGAGGCAAGAUGAACCUGCCAUCCUGGAGACUGAAGACCUGGACAGGAAAGCGAUACGGCUGGGUGGAGGAUUGGACCCGGACACCAUAUCUCUGGCCUCCGUCACGGCCGUCACCACCAAUGUUUCCAAUAAGAGGUCCAAACCUGACAUCAAAAUGGAGCCUAGUGCUGGGAGGCCGAUGGACUACCAAGUCAGUAUUACAGUGAUCGAGGCUCGGCAGCUGGUGGGCCUGAAUAUGGAUCCUGUCGUGUGUGUUGAAGUUGGAGAUGAGAAAAAAUACACAUCCAUGAAGGAGUCAACCAACUGCCCUUACUAUAAUGAGUACUUUGUGUUUGAUUUCCACGUGCCGCCGGACGUGAUGUUUGACAAAAUAAUCAAACUGUCAGUCAUCCAUUCUAAGAACCUCCUGCGUAGUGGGACCUUGGUUGGCUCCUUUAAAUUGGAUGUAGGGACCGUCUACACACAGCCUGAACAUCAGUUCUAUCACAAGUGGGCCAUUCUGUCAGACCCCGAUGACAUCACCGCUGGGGUGAAAGGUUACCUCAAGUGCGACAUCGCUGUUGUUGGAAAAGGAGAUAAUAUAAAGACUCCUCAUAAAGCAAAUGAGACAGAUGAGGACGACAUAGAGGGGAACCUGCUCCUUCCAGAUGGCGUGCCGCCGGAGCGCCAGUGGGCUCGCUUCUACGUCAAGAUCUUCCGCGCUGAGGGCUUACCCAGGAUGAACACCAGCAUUAUGGCCAAUGUAAAGAAAGCCCUUAUAGGGGAAAACAAGGACUUGGUGGAUCCCUAUGUCCAAGUGAGCUUCGCUGGACAGAAGGGUAAGACGUCGGUGCAGAAGAGCAGCUACGAGCCUAUGUGGAACGAGCAGAUUAUAUUUACAGAGAUGUUUCCUCCUCUGUGCAAGAGAAUGAAGAUCCAGAUCCGGGACUCGGACAAGGUGAACGACGUCGCCAUCGGCACUCACUUUAUAGACCUCCGCAAGAUCUCCAAUGAAGGCGACAAAGGUUUCCUCCCCACCCUCGGGCCAGCCUGGGUGAACAUGUAUGGGUCUACCCGUAAUUACACUCUGAUGGACGAGCACCAAGAUCUAAAUGAGGGGCUUGGAGAGGGGGUCUCUUUCCGCGCCCGGCUGUUGCUCAGUCUUGCUGUGGAGAUUUUGGACACAACUUCCCCCGAACUCACCAGCUCUACAGAAGUGCAGAUUGAAGGAGCUCCCCCGGUGGCUGAUAACUGCACGGGCAAGAUGGAGGAGUUCUUCCUCUUUGGAGCCUUCUUGGAAGCCACAAUGGUUGACCGCAAGAGUGGGGACAAGCCAAUGAACUUUGAAGUCACAAUAGGUAACUAUGGUAACCAGGUGGAUGGCACAACCAGGCCCAGACUUAGGAAGAAGAAGGAUGAAGGUGACGGUGGGGACGAAGAGUCAGAACUUCUGCAGAACUCAAGUGAGGAUGAAGCUGAUGAAGAUAGUGAAAUGCAGUCCAUCUCCUGCUCUCCACCAAUGAAGCCAUUUAUAACAGACAGAAAUUACUUCCACUUGCCGUACUUUGACAAGAAGCCGUGUAUCUACAUUAAAAGCUGGUGGCAGGACCAGAGGAGAAGACUUUACAAUGCCAACAUCAUGGACAAGAUUGCCGACAAACUGGAGGAGGGGCUGAAUGAUGUCCACGAGAUGAUAAAGACUGAGAAGGCGUAUCCGGAGAGGAGGCUGCGUGGUGUCCUGGAGGAGCUAAGCAGCAGCUGUUUCCGCUUUGUCACCCUGGCUAACAAGGACCAGAACCAGAACGGUCGCACCAAGCUGGACCGGGAGCGACUGAAGUCCUGCAUGAGAGAGCUGGAAAACAUGGGCACACAAGCCAAGACCAUGAGGUCCCAGGUGAAGAAGAACACGGUGAAAGACAAACUGAAAUUAGUCCAGAACUUCCUGCAGAAACUGCGCUUCCUGGCGGAUGAGCCGCAGCACAGUAUCCCAGACAUCUUCAUCUGGAUGCUGAGCAAUAACAAACGCGUGGCCUACGCCCGCAUCCCCUCCAAGGACAUCCUCUACUCCAUUGUGGACGAGGAGACGGGAAAGGACUGUGGGAAGGUCAAGUGCGUCUUCCUUAAGCUGCCCGGCAAACGUGGCUUUGGUCCUGCGGGUUGGACGGUACAAGCUAAGAUGGAGGUCUACAUGUGGCUGGGCCUGAAUAAGCAGCGGAAGGACUUCCUGUGCGGUCUUCCAUGUGGAUUUGAGGAGAUUAAAGCAGUGAAGGGCCCGGGCCUGCAGAGCUUCCCCCCCAUAAGCCUGAGCUAUACAAAGAAGCAGGUGUUUCAGCUACGAGCGCACAUGUACCAGGCACGCAGCUUAUUCGCCGCAGACAGUAGCGGCCUCUCCGACCCCUUUGCCAGAGUCUUCUUCAACACUCAGAGUCAGUGCACAGAGGUGCUCAAUGAAACUCUCUGCCCCACCUGGGACCAGCUACUUGUGUUUGACAAUGUGGAACUUUACGGAGAAGCAAACGAGAUGCGAGAUGAUCCUCCCAUUAUAGUCAUUGAGGUCUACGACCAAGACACGGUGGGAAAGGCGGAUUUCAUGGGCAGGACAUUUGCUAAGCCAGUAGUGAAAAUGGCUGAUGAAGGUUAUUGUCCUCCCAGGUUCCCACCGCAACUGGAGUAUUACCAGAUAUACCGUGGGAACUCCACUGCCGGAGACUUGCUGGCCGCCUUUGAACUUCUCCAGAUUGGCCCUGCUGGUAAAUCUGACCUUCCAGCUAUUGAUGGACCUACAGACCUGGAGAGAGGACCCAUCUUGCCGGUCCCGAUGGGCAUCCGACCUGUUCUCAGUAAAUACAGAGUGGAGAUCCUCUUCUGGGGACUGAGAGACCUCAAGAGGGUCAAUCUUGCCCAGGUGGACAGGCCGAGAGUGGACAUCGAAUGUGCAGGAAAGGGGGUACAGUCGGCUCUCAUCCAAAACUAUAAGAAGAAUCCAAACUUUAGCACUUUAGUUAAAUGGUUUGAAGUGGACCUUCCAGAGAAUGAGCUGCUUCACCCACCCUUGAAUAUCCGGGUGGUGGACUGCCGGGCGUUCGGGCGAUAUACGCUGGUGGGGUCACAUGCUGUCAGCUCGCUGCGCAAAUUUAUCUACCGUCCCCCCGACAAGAAAUCUCAGAACUGGAAUGCAGCAGCUAAGUUGGUGAAUGGCUAUUUGGUACUGGCAAACGGAGGGCCCUGCUCUCGCCCCACAGGUGAAAUAGUUGUCAACAUGGAACCCGAAGUCCCCAUCAAGAAAAUGGAGACUAUGGUGAAGCUGGAGGCGAAUUCUGACGCUGUUGUUAAGGUAGACGUGAAUGAAGAUGAAAAGGAGAAGAAGAAGAAAAAGAAGAAAGGGGAAGAAAUUGAAGAAGAGGAGCCUGACGAGAGCAUGCUGGACUGGUGGUCCAAGUACUUUGCUUCCAUCGAAACCCUGAAGGAGCAACUGCGCCAGCAGGAGGCGGCGCUCGCAGAAGCCGAGGAAAAGGAAGAGAUGGAAAUCGCUGAGGGUAAUUAUGGAAAUGAGAUCAAAAUUGAUGAAUCUCCCAUGAAAGGAUCAAAGGGGCAGGUGAAGAACAAGGACAAAGUGAAGGUUCCAAAGGAGGACAAGAAGAAGAAGCAACAGGCGGAACUGGCAGAGAAGAAGAACAAGCAGAAGAUUGAUGAGUUAAAGGUGUUCAACAAGGAACUGGAGACUGAGUUUGAUUGCUUUGAAGACUGGCUGCACACAUUUAACUUACUACGUGGAAAGAUCGGGGAUGAUGACGACACUAUGAGUGAGGAGGAGAGGAUAGUGGGGAGGUUUAAAGGUUCCAUGUGUGUAUACAAAGUUCCAUUACCUGACGAUGUCACCAAAGAAGCUGGAUAUGACCCCAACUUUGGCAUGUUCCAAGGCAUACCCAAUAAUGACCCAAUUAACGUGCUGGUGCGGGUGUAUGUUGUGAGGGCGACAGAUCUACAUCCAGCAGAUAUCAACGGGAAAGCAGAUCCGUAUGUCGUCAUCAAACUGGGCAAAACGGAAAUCAAAGACAAAGAGAAUUACAUUUCCAAGCAAUUGAACCCUGUCUUUGGAAAAUCAUUUGACAUCGAGGCGACUUUCCCAAUGGAGUCCAUGCUGACGGUGGCGGUUUAUGACUGGGACCUUGUUGGAACCGAUGACUUGAUUGGGGAAACCAAGAUCGAUCUGGAAAACCGUUAUUACAGCAAGCACAGAGCCACGUGUGGGAUAUCACAGACAUAUGCAAUACAUGGGUAUAACAUGUGGAGAGAUCCCAUGAAGCCUACACAGAUCUUGUCCAAACUCUGCAAAGAAGGGAAGAUUGAUGGCCCCCAUUUUGGACCCGGAGGACGAGUUAAGGUCAUGAAUCGCGUCUUUACUGGCCCCACAGAAAUUGAGGAUGAAAAUGGUCAGAAGAAGCAGACCGAUGAACAUCUGGCUCUCUCCGUCCUUCACCACUGGGAGGAGAUUCCCCGAGCCGGGUGCCGGCUGAUUCCAGAACAUGUGGAGACCCGGCCACUGCUAAAUCCAGACAAACCGGGAAUCGAACAGGGUCGUUUGGAAAUGUGGGUGGACAUGUUUCCGAUGGACAUGCCUGCACCAGGUCCUGCCAUUGACAUUUCUCCAAGGAAGCCAAAAAGUUUUGAGCUGCGUGUUAUAAUUUGGAACACUGAUGAAGUGAUUCUAGAAGAUGAUGCGUUCAUGACAGGAGAGAAGAUGUCUGACAUCUAUGUCAAGGGGUGGCUGAAAGGUCAGCAGGAAGAUAAGCAAGACACGGAUGUCCACUACCACUCGCUUACCGGAGAGGGAAAUUUCAACUGGAGGUUUCUGUUUCCAUUUGAUUACCUGGUUGCCGAAGAGAAGAUUGUCAUCUCCAAGAAAGAGUCCAUGUUCUCCUGGGAUGAGACGGAGUACAAGAUCCCAGCCCGCCUUACGCUACAGGUCUGGGAUGCUGACCACUUCUCUGCAGAUGACUUCCUCGGUGCAAUUGAAUUGGACUUGAACCGUUUCCCUCGGGGAGCAAAGACGGCGAAGCAGUGUUCUAUAGACAUGGUGGCCCCAGAAGUUGAUUUGCCAAUGGUCUCUAUCUUCAAGCAGAAGAGGGUGAAAGGAUGGUGGCCGUUUGUGGCCCGGAAUGAGAAUGAUGAGCUAGAACUCACGGGUAAAGUGGAAGCAGAACUCCAUCUGCUGUCUGCAGAGGAAGCAGAGAAAUGUCCUGCCGGGCUCGGCCGUAAUGAGCCAGAUCCUCUGGAGAAACCAAAUCGCCCCAACACAAGUCUGGCCUGGCUGCUGAACCCCUUGCGCAUCGCCUGCGUGCUGGUUUGGAGGCACUAUAAGUGGCACGUCUGCGGCCUGCUGCUGGCCUGCGUGCUACUGAUCUUCCUGGCGCUGUCGCUGUAUACGUUACCCGGGGUGCUCAACCAGAGGUUUAUAAAUCCCAGAAGAUGAAACGUACAUUAAGGAGAGACAUUUUACCCCCAGGAUAAGAGUAUUUGGUGCAAGCAAAACGCGUCUGGUCAUGUACGAUGUGUGUGAGGUAACGCACGCAGCAGCACAUAGCCGUAACUAAAGGCUCAGCCACGGUCAGAGGACAAGGCGGGAAAAGCAGGGACAGAAUUCAGAAAACAGGGAACAAUGACGGCUUAUCCGGCAAGCAAAGUAACCAGCUAAAUCUGGCAGCGAUUGUGCGUCAGACUGCAAUUAACACAAUGACCCGAUUACAACGCGUUUUAUAUAACGGGAUCCACAAUGCUUCAUUUUGAAUAGACAGAUAUUUUACAGUCAGAUACUCCAAUAAAAUAUAUCAGAUUUAAAGUGUGUCUGUUACCUCAUAACAGUACAGGCAAGGAUACUGUAUGGUGGGCUGAACAUCGCUGAGGUAUGAGGCACAUCACUGAGGCAUGAGGCACUAUCUGCCACAGGGAAAUCACACGCUCCUGGGGCCUGAUUCUGAUUGACAUAUAGUGCGAUGUUCACGCAACUGAGCGAUUAACGACAGACUGCGCAUGCACCGCGUUUGCUCUGCACAUGCGCCACGGUAGUUGUGCGAUGGCGCUCGCAAGGAUGAAUUGCGACUGACAGGAACGGACCGCAUGUGGGAGGUAACAGGGGAGUGGCGGCCAUUGUCUCUGUCUCCAGCUGCGAUUAUGGACGUAGAGACAUGGCGGUAAUGUCGCUAUGGUUGCAGCCAGUCUGUGUGGCCGGAGAACCACUCGGGAAGUCGAUGUUCCUCGUUACUGCGUCAGUGCUGUGUAUGUGUGGCAUUUGUAUAUGUACACAGUUGCUGACGUUGCGAUGGCUCCGGUGGCAGUCUGUACUCUUUAUUCUGGGCAGGAGAUUCACCUGCGAUGAUUAUAGUAAUUCUGCAGCCUAGAAAGUCGCAGCUGCAUUGCAUGUGCAUACAAAUCGUAAUGAGGCACCUAGUGCCUCACACACGCCGGAUUCUCCUGAAUACUGGCUGCCUCCCGCAUCUGACGCGCCGCCUUAAGACAGAAUCAAUAUUCUCUUAAACUUCUGGCCCUAAACUGCAAAUAAAUAUUAUUCCAGAGGGAAAGUCGGAGACUACAACUGUCCCAGAUCUCACAUAUUACACCUGUGGGGGAUUUACUGUUGCACGGUUUUGUCACAGCUGGUUCAUCAGUUAUUUCUGUUGCCGCUUUAAGGGCCUGAUCCUGAGUCAGACACUGCCAUCUCUGCGUCUUUUGCCUCAGUUACGUUUGCAUCUUUAUGUAAAUGCUGCUACUGUACAAAGUCCUCGGGCUGGGUGCGUGGUCAGACUAAGACGCACACAAGGAAAAAAAUUGUCUGCGUGAAUAUCAGCACAGCGCGUAACCCUAAAUCCAUUGGUCCGAUCAUCGGCGGCUUUGACAAACCGUUUUCAUAGUAUGAGAGGUAUCCCCUGGGUGGCUCAGUGAGGAAGUGAACCAUUAAUAAUAAGGGAUCAGUGUUGCUGGUAUAGACCAGGAGUUCUGGGACAGUACUGAGCAUCCAAAUCACAACUUAGAUUUCAUGAGAGAGCACCUAGAGAUCUUCAUCAAAGUAUGGGGAGAAGGUACCAGCCAAUCAGCUCCUACCAUGUCACAGGCUGUGCUUGAAAAAUGUCAGUCAGGAGCCGAUUGGUUAUUGCUUUAUCUCUCUCCAUACGUUGAUAAAUAGCCCCCCUUAUUAUACACACUGUGGUGGUGGCAAUUCUGUGGUCAGACACUAAUCAUAAGCCAGUCCACUAGAGAACAGCAGCAUCAGGUAGUCUCUAGCUGCCAGGGCAUGCUGGGACUUGUAGUUCCAUCGUUGGUUACCUUGCUCAUACACGGGAUGAGUCUGCUGGGUGUCACAAUGGACAGCACUGGAUGGGUGAAACGCACGCUUUACAUGCUUCCGCUUAGGCCCGGCCUAAGGUAACACUCAGGUGAGUGGCUUCCACUGGAACAUCACAUAGUCCAGUUCUUGUACAAGGACCAACAUGACGCUACCUGCUAGAAUAUUGGGAUUUACUAUUGAGGGAGAGAUUAUGGUAAAAUAAGACUAUUUUUCUAGCCUGUGUUUUGUAUUAACUCUAUAAAUGGUUUCACUCAUUGACAUUGUAUUAAAAGGACGUUUGAAAACAA